UAUAUAUAAACCACCGCCUACCACGGAGCCAACCAACACCAACAGGGCGACCAAAGCUCAAUCAGCUCCGACUACCCAGCUACUGCCUGUCCGCCCGCUCUCAAUUGCUCCAUACUCUACACUAACAUGGCGAGGGUUCACCCCAACAUGGCGCCCGCGCCGGGCGCCGUCGACAAGGCGCCGGCCAACCCCGCCUCCGCAGCGGAGGGGCCGACGACGCUGACGGUGUGGCGCAAGUCGCUGCUCUUCGACUGCAAGGGGUUCACGGUGUUCGACGCCGUGGGCGACCUGGCCUACCGCGUCGACAGCUACGCCUCCGAGACCGGCGACGAGGUCGUCCUCAUGGACGCGGCCGGCCGCCCCGCCUUCACCGUCCGCCGCAAGCGCUUCAGCCUGCAGGGCGAGCAGUGGCUGGUGUUCGCCGGCGAGGAGACGCGGCGGCCCGUGUACGCCGUCCGGCGGAGCGGCCGCGGCAAGACGAUGGCGUACGUGACGGCGUGCGCGGGCGCGGGCGCCGGGCCGUCGUACGAGGUGGAGGGGUCCUACGCGCGGCGGAGCUGCGUGGUGUACGACGGCGAGCGGCGCGCGGUGGCGGAGAUCAUGCCCAAGGCGGUGGUCGGGACGGACGUGUUCCGCCUGGUGGUGCAGCCCGGCGUGGGCGUGUCGCUGGCCAUGGCCGUGGUGGUGGCGCUCGAGCAGAUGUUCUCCAGGCCGUCGCUCCUCAGGAGCUGGUCCACGUAGAUUCUAGUUAUAGUGAAUUAUAAUUUGUUUGUUCAUCGGAGUACGUCUCAAUUUAGUCAAGCUUAUAGCUUUUUUUUUCCCCUUGCAAUCGAUCAGUUUGGGGUUGGAAUUGAGGCCGUGAGAGUCGAUGGAUCUGUGUGCGGGCAUGAGAGCAAGCCCAUCUGCUCGAUGAUGCCCCCCAAAUCAAUCGCAUAUACGUACUGCUAGUAUAUGGCCAAUCGAUGUCUUUUUUGGCCUGUCGUUGUGUAUAUAUUCUUUCAAGAGAGUGAAAUAAAUAUAAACAGUUCUUUUGCACAUA